AUGGAAGACCCUGUCAAAGCAGAAAGGUUCCAAGAGUAUUUGGAGAUCCGGGAACCAUCCCCCAAGCGUCAGAGGACACAGCCGUCCAACGAAGCACAAGUACCCGUCAUUGAUCUCUCCAACGAUCCACUCAUUGUUGGAGACGCACAAACUCCAAAACAACGGGAAUUCUACAAGCUCAAGAGAGCUCGGGCUUCGACGCCAUCACAAGGUCCACCAGAAAUGUCGGCACCACUGUCGAAGCCAUUACAGACCCCAUUACCACAAUCUGACCAACCACCCGAGGGAUUGUCUGUUGCUAAACAACGGGAGUUUUACAAGCUCAGAUCCGCAUGGCAAUGUGUUCAUGAGAGCCCCUCCAGGCCAUCGGAAGCUAGGAAAGGACGCAAGGAUCCUUCUCCUCAAGAAAGCACUGUAUGCGCUGAAUCCGAGCGUAUCCCUCCAUGUCUGGGUUGUGCCCGCUCCGCCCUCGCGGGCAAGAGCGACGGCCGAUGUUACGACUCGGAGACCGCCGGUGCACGUUACGAGCGCUGCACCGCGGGCGGCCGCUGCGAUCCCAUGUACGAGUCUCGCUUUCCCAAAACGAGCUUCGUUUUGCUAAUUCGAGCUGCUAGCCCACGGGACGCCCUUCCGGUUGUGCUUUUCUUCCUGGAUUACAUAGAGAGCUCAGGCUUCGACGCCAUCACAAACUCCAGUGCCAGAAAUGUCGACACCACUAUCGAAGCCAUUACAGACCCCAUUACCACCACCCCAAAUUCAACAGCGAGUUGA